GACUCAAAAGAGAAAGAUAACACUCCCAGCAUUGUGAGUUUGGGUGGCCUAUGUUUUACAUGUAAAAUGCUUUGGUUGACGUUCCUCAACUGGAUUCUCAUUUUAUUCUUGAUUACACCAGCAGUAGUAAAUUAUUGGCGAGGAACAUGGUACAUUUUAGACUUGUUCGUGUUUCCAAACGACGAAGUUCUCAGUGCCUGGGUGACGGUCACAGCCAGCUUUGGAGCGAUAUUCCUGAUCAUGUUAGUGGAGGAUUAUAUAAAAGAAUUUUUAGAUGAAAAGAAAGCGAGAAAAGGAUUGUAUCUCGUUCUCUUUUAUCCUCUGGCCUUUUUAAGCGUAACAUCGUGGAGAGGACUGUGGAUGAUGUUAGAUCUUUAUACAACCACUGCUCUAACAAGCGCCAUUGUCUCUCAUGUUGUUGGAUUUUUUAUCGUUUUAGCUUUGAAAACCACAUAUUCUCUUAUUGCCAUUCCGGGAUAUUGCAUCAGCGAGAGACAUAUUGAUCCACCGGAGAAAAUUCUUCAAGUAAAGAAAUGUUUUAGGACGAAGACUUCUGCGAGGAUGUUGAACAGUUUUGUUACCGUGUUCAUUAUUGGAGCUGCGGUUAUAAGCUAUUGGCGAGGAACUUGGCUCAUUAUUGUCGCUGCAGUGCAGCCCUUAAACGACAAAUUGUCAUCAUCGAUUGCGUUAAUUAUUCUGAGUUACUCUGUAUUGAGUUGGUGCUAUUUUUUGAGUACGUGUUUAUCAACUGUAAACAUCAAUCCGCCAUAUUCUGCGUUGAGCCGGUCGUUAGAACAAGUGUUUGUGUACAUUCUUGGUUUCGGAGUGGUGGCUUCCUGGAUAGGAAUAUGGCACUUAAUGGACAUCUAUCUACUGCCAGAUUUGCCGAUAGCCAGUGCCUUGGUUGGUCAUUUUGCAGGAAUCGUUGUUCUUUAUCUUUUACAAGGAGGUCUUAACUUGGUUAGCCCUCCAGCUACCUGUAGAAUUCCUAACAAAGAAAUCCUGGAGGGAUUAGAUUUAGGAAACUAUUUAAAAAGAGGGUCAGAAAAAGAGAUCAUCAGACAAACUAGGACUACAGUAUAAUGUUGAUGAAGUCUCAGGGUGUGAAUUACAUGUACCAUCUAUGUAGCUAUGGAAAUUUAACAUCAAUUUAUAGUUGUGUUUGUGGUUACCACAUCAAGAAGUGACGUCAAAUUUUAGAUCAUUUUUUUUGUGAUGUUGAGUGAAAUAGAAAAUAGCUUUAAAGUUGCACCAACAGUUUCAUGUUAUGUAAAACAGUAAGCUCAUCUUUUUGCUGUGUAAAGACUUUGGAACAGUAUUCCAGUAGACUUAUGUUGCAGUGAUUCUAGUGAAAUGUCUAAAAGACAUGAGAAUUAAAAAAAACUUGCAAUUGCA